CGAUACCCCUCCUCUCCCCUAUCUAUUCCCCCCCCCCAUCUACUCCCCUCCCCUUUGCGCCGAAUUAAGAGCAAUGCAAAUUCCCACCCAGACCAAGCGGGCAUCCGGCUCGGUAGCCGGAGGCAAGGGACCCAAGGAUCCGACCCAUGGCCGCCUCGGUGACCGACAGACCACACAGAGCAUGCUCUCCGAGUCCCAGCUCGGCACCGGGCAUCCCGGCGAUGAUGACAAGAUGGACGUCGACCCGCCUGUCACCUCGCGCCGCAGUAGCAUCACCGGUGGCCCGCCGAGCAAUAUGGAUGAUGCCAUGUGUGCGGAAAAGGGCCUCCCCGGCACCGGGGCGGCCCGCUCCUCUCUGUCGACCGGCAACCCUGGGCCGCACUUCUCCCCGGAGGGGCCCUUCCCCUUUCGUCGGCACCGGAACCGCCAGUUCGAUCCGCGGCCUCUAAGCGGGACUCCCUUCGGCAGCUGCGAUGACUUUGCCAGCACAUUGUCGAUCCCGCCCUCGGGCGCGGCCGAGGCCGGCGCCGCCGAGCAGCACACCUCCGACGUCCGGUCUCUCAAGCAGCCGGGCGCGGCUGGUGGCGGUCCGGGCGUCGGCCCGCGUGGGUCCGGCGCUGGCCUUCACCCGCCGAAGGUCCGGUCGAAGCUGGGAGAGUCGAGCGCCUUGCGCUUUGAGUCUGGUCCCGGUCCGGGCCCGAGCUCCCUGAGCCCGCAGCAGCGCCAGCAGCAGCAGAACUCCCCGCGUCCGGCUCUCUCUCAGGCGGCCAACCGGGCAGCCGGCGGCCCGGUGGCGCCGUCGAAGCCGCACUCGCAGCCGCACUCGCAGCCGCACUCGCAGCAGCAGCACCAGCAGCAGCAGCAGCAGCACCAGCAGCAGCAGCAGCGCGGCGCUGCUCGCAUGCGCUCUCCCCUGAACACCACCGCGGCCAGCUCGCCGCGCAAGGGGAUCAACUCGUCUGGCGGGAUUUCCGACUGCCCAUCGCAGGGCAACAUUCGCCGGGCCUCGGCCGACAUGUGUUGGGAGGGUGGCCCGGUCUUCUACCAGUCCGAGUGA